GUUCGAGACAAGACAUUUGCUCUUGACGUCAACAGAACAGGGAAGUUAGCGGGAAAGGAGGCCUACCACUUUUUCCGGCCCCUCAAUGAUCUCACUUAUGGCUGGACGCAGCUAGAAGCUACCCAAACUGGACCAAAACGUCAAAACAGCGGAAGCUAUAUGAGCUCUGUGCAGCUGCCCAGAAUGUUGGGAUGAUUCUAGGUUUUGCUCCACUCUGAUUUUCAUCCCCUAAAGUGCGGAAUCUAUCUCAUAACAAUCGUUUGCGCGACACGAUGGCUCGCCAACAGAGUCUGAGCUCCAAACUCAUCCAAUUGCUGCCCUUUGUUGCCUACUCUUCAGCAUCAGCAUUGUACUCCACCUACAGCUUUAACCCAUUGACGCAUCUUGGUGGCAUUGCACCGUAUUUCGAAUCACAAGACCCUCAAUCAUCGCCCGACGCGCCACAGGGAUGCAAAGCGGAUCGCGCAGCCUAUCUCGUGCGCCAUGCAGCCAUCUACGCAAACGACUUUGACUUCGAAGAGUACAUCGAGCCCUUCCUCGAAAAGCUAGGCAACAAGACGAGCAUCGAAUGGAGCAAGAUUCCCUACCUGAACUUCUUGGCGGGCUGGGAGGCACCGAUAUCUGAGGCCGAAGCCGAGAUCUUGACUCGGGUCGGGAGACUUGAAGCGACUCAGCUCGGCGUCGACCUCGAGUUUAGAUACCCCAAGCUCAGACUCCCAAAGAGGGUAUGGACCUCUUCCGCAGAGAGGACAGAAAAGUCUGCGCAGUCCCUCGUGCGCGGGCUCGAGACUGAUGAUAACACCAUGAACGUCGUCAGCAUCUACGAGUCGGAGGAGUCCGGCGCAGACAGCUUGACGCCGUACAAGGCCUGCCCUGCCUACUCCUCCUCCGCAGGUAGCAAACAGUCCGCCGUCUACCAGGAAAAGUUCACGAAACCCAUUAUCGCCCGCUUCAAUGACCUGGCUCCCGAGUUCAACUUUACUACCAAUGACGUCUUUGGCAUGCAGCAGCUCUGCGGAUACGAGACUGUCAUCCGCGGCAAGUCUCCUUUCUGCAACCUUGAACUCUUCACUCCCGACGAUUGGCUCGCAUGGGAGUACACGGAAGACGUACGCUACCAUUACAACGUCGGUUACGGAGCCGAGGCCUCUGGAUAUGUCGGCUUGCCCUGGCUGAACGCGACCGCGAACCUGCUCAUGGGUGACUCGAGCGAGGAGGAUAUCUACGUUAGCUUCACUCACCGUGAGCUGCCUCCCAUGGUCAUCGUCGCGAUGGGUCUGUUCAACAACUCCGAGUUCGGUGGCAGCGAGGCCUCCAUCAACGAUACCAUGCCACUUGACCGCAUCAACUACCGCCGUGCAUGGAAAGCCUCUAGCAUCCUGCCAUUCCUUGGUAACAUUGCCAUUGAGCGUCUGAACUGCACUGGGGCCUACGGGUACGACAACGGCGAUUACUACCGUGUUCUGGUGAACAGCGCACCUCAACCACUUCCCGACUGCGCCGAUGGCCCCGGCACUUCUUGUUCAAGGAAGGGAUUCGACACGUACUUGCAAGACAGAGUUGCCCAGUUCUCUGGCUUCUCUGAAAAGUGCGGUGUCGAGUACAAAAACAGCACCGAUGUCCUGUCGAUUUACACCGAUGCCAGUGUUGGCAACGGAACCGUUGUGGACAAGCGUUAUACGCCAUUCGCGUAAUCACAUGUUCCACUACCUGUAAUCCUAGUAUUAAAUAAUUAAUGUCUCAAAUUUGGUUCAAA